AUGAAGUUUCCCUGCCAACGCCUCCACCUGUGCGGCGAUAUCUUGGUCGCCGCCCGAGGCGCCAGGAUCAACCUGUUCAACGUACAAGAUGGGUCUCGGUUAGGGACAUGGGCGCGUCCCUCGGGAAGCAAGACUGCCACGGCUGCAGAGACGGAGGAGGCCAAGCCCGGGGACGGAUCAAGUGCUCCAGCUGCCGGCGAGGAGGUCGAACAGGGCCCACCGACGAAGCGCAGAAAGGUCGACGAGUCUGGGGAAGCCCAAGCGAUGGAGGUCGAGGCCCAGGACGUGACCGCUGAGAAGCAGAACGGCCAGGGUCAGAACGGCAAGAAGGCCGGGAAGGGCCAGACGCCGGCGAGGAUCAAGUCUGCCAUCCCGGAGACGCCGUUCGUCACCCUCUUGGCCGCAACCAAGAACGGCAGCCAUAUAGUAGCAGUCACGAGUCCGGACAAGAACCUCUGGGUCCUGGAGCACGACGGCAAGGGAAACCUCAGGGAGCUGAGCUCAAGACCCAUGCCCAAGCGCCCCUGCGCCAUCGCCGUCUCCCCGGACGACAAGACCAUCUUCUCGGCCGACAAGUUUGGCGACGUCUACUCCCUCCCCCUCAUCCCCUCCCCAGCAGCAGACCACCCCCCAGCACCGUCAGCACAAACAGACACGCCCACCCCGGAGCCCACCAGCGACACCCCGGCCACCCCCCAGCCGUCUUCCCCCUCAGGCACCACCCUCACCACCACCACCACCGCCACAGACGCCACAGGCCACUUCAAGUCCUCGGCCGACCCCUCAACGGUCCACACGAAGCGCAACCUCCGCGCCCUGCGCCACCAGGCCCUCUACGGCAGCACCUACCAGAAGCGCGCCGAGGGCCCGGCCUUCGAGCACACCCUGCUGCUGGGCCACGUCUCCAUGCUGACGGGCAUGGCCCUCGCCUCUUCGCAGAAGAGGGACUACAUCAUCACCGCCGACCGCGACGAGCACGUCCGCGUGUCCCGCGCCCCGCCGCACGCCCACGUCAUCGAGACCUUCUGCCUCGGCCACGGGUCCUUCGUCAGCAGCCUGUGCGUGGCCCGGUCCGCGGGGCGGCCGGACGUGCUCGUCUCGGCCGGCGGCGACGACGCGCUGUACGUCUGGCGCUGGGAGGAGGGGGCGCUGUGCGGCACGGCCGACCUGCUGAGCCACGUGCGGCGCGUGGACGGCGCGGCCGCCAAGAUCGCCGUGACGGGCCUGCACGCCCUGUCCCGCGGGGCCGACGGCCAAGAUGUCACCAUCUUUGCCUUUUGCGAGCGGAUACAAGCAGCAUUCGCCUUCGCCCUCUCCCCAUCAAACACCCUAGUCCACACACACACCACGCCGCUACCCGGCCUGCCCCUCGACGCCGUCGUGCUCGGCCAGGGCACCCCGGACGCCCGGCUCCUGGUCUCGAUAGACAGCAGCAGCAGCGACGGCAGCGCGCCCAGCGGUAUCAUACAGCUCCAAGCCGGCAGCGACGACAAGACCUGGACGGCGUCCGCCUUUGCGCUGCAGGAGCAGGAGGUCGAGGGAGAAGGGGAGGGAGAAGGCGCGGCGGACCUCACGGCCGAAGAGCUGCAGAAGCUCCUGUACACCACCGAGACGCUGCGCAAGUCCGACAUGGAGGAGGGUGACGAGUUCGGCGGCAAAGGCCCGGGCGCUGCCGGUGCUGCCGAUGGCGAGGCCGAGCAGCAAUAA